AUGUAUCCCGACCGACUGUUGGCGUUGAAAGUUUCUAUACCACCCGCUUUGGUGUAUCGAGACGGCAAUCUCGUCUCAGGCUCACUCGAGGCGUUGGUACAGCACAUGGUGCCUACGGAGGAAUAUUAUCCCGAUCGAGCGUAUCUCUUUGCCUUUUUGCUGAGCGCGAGACUCUUCAUCAAGCCGCACGAGCUUUUGGGUGAGGUUUGCGCUCUCUGCGAGCAUCAGCAGAAUCUGAAUGGAGAGGGCGGUAAGGUGGAUAUCACCGAACUUUGCCCAUCAGCUACUGUGCUAGCCCAACAAUUGACUCAUGUGGAACUUGAAAGGCUCUCUUAUAUCGGACCAGAGGAAUUUGUGCAGGCUUUUGCCAAAGAAUCGCCGCAUUUAGAAACGUCUUUUAAAGAUAUGAAGAAAACCCGGAAUCUUGAAUCAUAUGUUCAAUGGUUUAAUAGAUUGAGCUAUUUCGUAGCAACAGAGGUCUGCAAGCACGCAAAGAAGAAGCAACGCGUUCGUGUCGUUGAAUAUUGGAUCGAAACUGCUCGAGAAUGCUUCAACAUUGGCAAUUUCAAUUCUCUAAUGGCUAUCAUCGCUGGUCUCAACAUGUCCCCGAUAUCUCGCUUGAAAAAGACGUGGUCAAAGGUACAAUCUGCCAAAUUCUCAAUUUUGGAACAUCAAAUGGAUCCGAGCAGCAAUUUCAGUAGCUACCGCAGCACAUUGAAGGCCGCAAUGUGGCGUAGCGCUGGCGCUACAGAUGAACGCCAACGGAUCGUAGUACCUUUCUUUAGUCUUCUCGUAAAGGACCUAUACUUUCUCAAUGAAGGUUGCAGCAAUAAACUGCCAAAUGGUCACAUCAAUUUCGAGAAAUUUUGGCAACUAGCGAAGCAGGUGACCGAAUUUAUUGCGUGGAAACAAGUUGCCUGUCCGUUCGAAAAAAAUCCGCGCGUCAUUGCCUUCCUCCAAGCGAGUCCUGUACUCACGGAAAAUACACUCGCAUUAGCAUCUUUCGAAUGCGAACCGCCUGAUAACAAUCCGGAGAAGGAACGUUAUAAAGCUUUAAAGUCUGAAAUGAAUACCCAGUGAAAGCAAGCUAUGCCGAAACAUGCCGAAUGGGAACGGUAUUGAUAUAAAUAUAAAAAUAAGAUAUUUAUAAAUAUUAAUAUAUUCGUAAUCGUAGCUAGUUUACUCGAAAAUGAUAAGGACAAAAAUUAAAAAUGGGUAAAGAAGCAGACUAAAGUAUUACUAGGACAACUUACAUAAAGUUAAGUAUUUCUGUCGUGCGAAUUUAUGCAUUGUCAAAAAUAACUCUUAAUAGCAAUUUAGCAUUAUCAUGAAUAUUAUCGAAUAGAUCAACGUAACUACAUUAAAUUUUUUACGUUAAAUCUUUUACGUGCUACACUUGAAAGGUGGAAGAAGAGAAAAAGGAAUAGAAAAAAA